AUGGGACGCCCUCGGCCGCUCCCGCUGCGGGUCCCGGCGCGUCUCCUGCGCUCCGCCCAGCAGCGGCUGGGGUCCCCGGGAUUUCGUUACAUCGCAGCUUGCCGGCUUCCACCGGCGGAGUUCACGAUUCUAGGGGAGGAGCUGAAAACUCGCUUUUCUAACGAACUCCCGGCAUUUCUGAUGCUGCGAGCCGCGGCUCCACGCCCCGAGACCCGCCCCUCUGGAGAGCGCCGUCUGCUUUUGCUCCGCCCUCGCCGGCCCCCGCGGCACCCCGAACCCAGUGAGCGGAGACAAGGGGAAGGCCCGGGCUUUGUGACGUCACAGGCGCCCCGGACGGUUGCCCGGGCGACGCUGUCCACGCCGAGCCCCGCGCUCAGCGCAGAGAACUGCGGCGGCGAGGAGGCUUCGGAGCCCUCCGGUGAGGAGCUCCUUCAGCCAAGGCGCAGCUUUGCGUUGGCUUCAGCCAGGAUGUCCAAGAAACUGCUCAUUGUGACCCCUGACAGCAAGACGGAUGACAGAAGGAGACGCCAAGAAGGCAGAUACACUGUGUCUCCCAGGACACCAUCCCCAGCGAUGCCUGAGCCCGAGAAGGCGCCAGCGGGUUCGGCCAGGUGGACGCCCAGUGAGUACCCGUCCCAGCCCAUCCUCUCCAGCCCCACGCCCGGAAGCUGCGCGCAGGUCCCCCGGGGCGAGUGCAUGGAGGAAGCUUCUGACCCAGGUCCUGGGGGGACCGGGAUGGGGGCAGACGAGACAGAUCAUGAGAACGCUCCCAGCCGUUCAGCCAAUCCUUUCCACAUCCCUAAAGAUGUGGAUUUCUUCUUGCUCAGAGAGCAGGAGCGGAGAAGAGCUUUCUUAGAGCGGCAACAGAAGAAGGUGAUGCAGGUGCACGAGAAGAUGACCUACUCGUCCAUGAUGUCGGCCAAGCACAGCCACAUGCGGCGGGAGCUGCAGCUGGAGGACAAGGCCGAGGAGCAGGAGCUGCAUGAGAAGGUGGAGGAGCUGCGCGCCCUGCCCAACGUGGCCUGGAAGCUCGCCGCGACCAAAGAACAGAAGCUGCGGUCCGACAGCAUCAGAAACUACAUCAUGGAGCAGCGACAGAUGUCCCUCAUCCAGUACGCACUGAACAUGAAGCAGAGGGAGAUCCAGCGCCUCGACAUGGUGGCCACCAAGGAGGAGGCCAGGCUGGCGCAGGCCGAGAAGUCCCUGGAGAAGGACAAGUCCCUCUUUGACGAGUUCCUCAGGGAGAAUGACCAGAGCUGCGUGCACGCCAUUAAUGAGGCUGAGAAGGAGACCAAAACCAAGAUGGAGAAGAACCUUGAAAUACAGGAACUCACCACCCAGAUCACAAAUAUCAAAAGCGAAAUCUCCAAAGUGGAAGACACCCUGCAGCAGUACAAGGCCUACAAGGAUUUCCUCUACAAACUGUCGCCCAAGGAGUGGCUGGAGGAACAGGAGAAGAAGCACCUGGCCAUCAGAAAGGCCAGGGAGGCUGCCGAGCUCGCCAAAGAGAGUGGUACAGCUUCCCGCCCUGGGGACAGAGGACCAGGCACCAAAGGCAAGGUCUUGUCCCUGUGGACGCGAGACGCUCAGGGCACAAAGAAGCCCUCGAAGUUUCUGCAGGUGGCAAGGCUGGGGCAGUUCCUGGCCAAAAGCGUCAGCCCAGCAAGUGCGCAUGGCGAGCUGGACUCCAGCAGGUCAACCCUUGGCGUCCCCACCCACGAGGACAUCGACAGCGACAGGGAGGAGCUGCCGCUGUACUUCACGGAGCCGCAGCAGCUCCUGGACGAGUUCGUGCAGCUGGAGGAGCAGAACCUGUCGCUGAUCCAGAACCGCCAGGAGAUGGAGGAGGCCCUGGAGGAGCUGAGCCUCAGCCUGAAGAACACACAGCUGCGCAUGGACAGGGAGGUCAACCAGCUGAAGCAGCUCAUCAACACGCUGACCAGGUCCAUCAUCAAGGAGGAAGAGACGGCCGCCGAGCUGGAGCUCAAAGCCCGGGUCUUCCACUUCGGGGAGUACAUGGGUGACGAGCAGGACAAGCUGCUGGAGAGCCUGAACCGCAAGGUGCUGGACGUGUACCACCGCUGUGUCGGCAGCCAGCAGGAGGCCAACCUGAGCACCGUGCAGAUGCUGGCCAUCAUUGAGCACCAGCUCAACGAGCUGCUCGAGAACCUGGAGCGCGUGCCCCAGUCCAAGGUCGAGCAGGUGGAGAAGGCCAAGGAGAAGGAGCGGCGCCUGAGGCUGCGGGAGGAGACGGUGAGGUUGCAGAAGCAGCUACAGGAGGAGCGACUGCAGCGGGCCCAGGCCCGGGCCCAAGCCGAGAUCAAGAAGAAGAGAGGCAGAAAGCUGCUGUGCCGCUCCCAGCCGCCGACUGUCAAGACCAAGGGCACCCCGAAGCACAAGCAGGCGGAAAACGAGGAGGACGAUGAGCUGCUGUUCUUCUUCACUUAA